AUGACGCGUAACCUUGCCGCAGCUUGUCUCUUUUCUGUUAAUUUCUUCUCGUACAUUAUUGAGUGCUAUCAAGACAACAGCAACAGCCGUCCUCGAGAACAAAGCUCAGUAUCGGAAUCUUCUAGAAGAUUUCGCACAGAGUUUUUAGAAGACUGGCCACAAACACCUGGCGCACCAUAUUUUGAUCCCACCACUCCAGAUAAUGUGACAGGAUUAGUGGGGCAUCCAGUCACACUGCUUUGUAAAGUUAAAAAUUUACAAAAUCGCACAGUGUCUUGGGUACGCCACCGGGAUAUACACUUACUGACUGUGGGAAGGUACACGUAUACUUCAGACCAACGUUUCGAGGCACAACACAAGCCGCGCUCUGAGGAGUGGGCGCUCAAAAUACGCAGUCCCCAGCGUCGUGACUCGGGACAGUACGAAUGCCAAAUAUCCACUACUCCACCUAUUGGACACGCCGUCUACCUUAAAAUUGUUGAGCCAGAAACGGAAAUCUUGGGAGGAUCUGAUUUAUUUAUUUACGCUGGUUCUACAAUAAACCUUACCUGUAUUGUAAGGCACACGCCGGAACCACCCAAUACUAUUAACUGGACUCAUAGAGGGAAGACGAUAAAUUUCGACUCGAGCCGUGGCGGUAUAUCGUUAGUUACGGAGAAGGGUAUCCAUAGCAGCAGCAGGCUAUUGAUACAAGCAGCUCGCACUUCUGACGCUGGAAGUUAUCAAUGCGUUCCCGACAACGCUUUGUCAGCCACUGCGCGAGUACAUGUAUUAACAGGUGAGACGCCAGCUGCGAUGCAAGGCGGCGCACAGUGGCUGAGCGGCUUGGGUUUCCUGAUACUCCUGUACGCUAGUGUUACUGUACAUUUAUACGCGAUGAUGGAA